AUGGCGUUAGUCCUACAAGGCUACACGUUUCUCUACCAAUAUGUCAACUCGUGGAUGCACUCCACGCCCAAGGCGAAAGACACAUCCAAGGCCUUAAAGAUGGGUGUUUUAUCAUCCGCUCAGAUCAAUGCUGCAGCAGCCAUUCAUCCCGCCGAGACUCAUCCAGACGUGAUCCUGUAUGCCAUCGCCUCGCGAGACGCCGACACAGCAGCCAGCCAAGCGAAGAAAUACCACUUCCAGAAAUCCUACGGAUCGUACCAAGCACUGCUCGACGACUCAGAGGUUGACUUUGUAUACAUUUCGACACCGAACGGACUCCACUACGAGUGGGCAUCGAAAACAUUGAAAGCUGGCAAACACGUCCUGCUCGAAAAGCCAUUCACAUCCAACGGCGCCGAAGCCGAGGCCCUAGUCCGGGAAGCCGAACAAGCGAACCGGGUUCUCGAGGAGGCAUUCCACUGGCAAUUCCACCCGGCAGCACAUUUGUUCCGCUCCCUCCUCGAAUCGUACGCCGACGCACGCAUGACAGCAUCACCGGGCGUUCCGGACGGCGACAUCCGAUGGCAAUUCGACCUGGCCGGCGGCAGUCUAAUGGACAUGACGUACGCAUUGUCGUUCACCCGGUACGCUCUACGCGCCGGGCUUCCCGACAAGAUCUUGUCGGCCGUGGCUCGCCCUUACGACAAGGACAAGCGCGUCGACGCCGCCAUGACGGCCAACCUGCUGUUCAAGGACCGGAACGGCGAACUCGUCCACUCCCGCAUCUACACCGACAUGGCGCGCGACUGGAUCGCCUAUGUGAUCCCAAGGGUCUGGGAGUUGCCGCAGAUCGAGGUCGAGACGGAAAAGUGUAUCAUUCACUUUUAUAAUGCUAUGAUGCCACAUUUAUACCACCACAUCGCCAUCACUCACAAAGAUACCGGUCGCACAGAGUACAAGCAUCAGUACUCGGGCGGUCCGGUCUGGGAGAACGUCGAAACCACCGCCGGUAAGGGCGGCGCUACCUACUGGAGCACUUACCGAUACCAGCUCGAGGCCUUUGUCCGCAAGCUGCAAGGCAAGGACCCCGCUUACUGGGUUGCUAAUGACGAAAGUGUCAAGCAGAUGCAGACUAUUGAUCAGAUCUAUCAGGCUGCUGGAUUGCCUGUGAGGCCUGGUAAAGUUUGA